AUGAAAAGGCGCCCACACUGUGGAAUCCACUGUGGUCAAGGGACGCUGUGGGUCCACACUUCCUUUGGCCUUGCCUCCUCUAACUCUGGCAUUUUUCUGCCCCUCCCUGGCAUCCUGCUCAUCACCCUGAUUCUGUUUCUAGACUCCAUUGCUUUAGGUCACCUCCUGUCACUGCAGUCAAAGGUGGGAGAAAAGCAAAAUCCACCGCCAAUGAGAGAGCCAAAGGGCCCUUCCAUCUUCAUUCCAGCAGGCAAGUCCUCCCCUCCUAAAAGCUGCAAGUCAGUGGCCCAGACCUCCUCCCAAUCUGCAGCCAGACACAGGGGUGUGCCCCAAGCUCUGGGUCUGGAAAAACCGGAAACGGUCUAG